GCCGCCCCCGUCCCGCCCUCCGCAGCCGCCGGGCACCGGGCACCGGGCAGGCGGCGGCGCGCAUGGAGGCGGCGGCGGCCCCGGCCCCGGGCGGCGGCCCCGGCACCCUGCUGCUCUGCCUGGCCCUGGCCUCCGGCUUGGCACUCUUCAGCUGCGUGGGCGCCGACACCAACACCACGGCGGGCACCGAGGGGCUCAGCUGCGGCACGGCCAGGGCGUGCACAGGGAACGGCACGCAGCCGCGGCGGCAGAGCCACUUCUCCCGCUGCCCGGAGGAGUUCCAGCACUACUGCGUCAAGGGCAGGUGCCGCUUCCUCGUGGCCGAGCAGGCGCCGGCUUGUGUGUGCGAGCGGGGCUACACCGGGGCUCGCUGCGAGAGGGUGGAUCUGUUCUACCUGCGAGGGGACCAGGGCCAGAUCGUCAUCAUCUCCCUGAUCGUCGCCAUCGGCGCCCUCAUCAUCCUCGUCGUCGGCAUCUGCCUCUGCAGCCACCACUGUCGGAGGCAGCGUAGGAAGAGGAAGGCAGAAGAGAUGGAAACGCUGAACAAGGACGGACCUUCCAGAAGUGAAGACGUGCGGGAAACGGGCAUCGCGUGAAGGUGCGGGGCAGCGGGGGCGCGACCGGGCCGGUGCCCCCGGAGCCCCGCACGGGGCUGGCUGCGAGGCCCACGGGCUCCGCUCUCCCCGCAGGAGCUCCCGGUACCUGCGGGCGGGUCCCGGACGGCAGCAGCGGCUGGCUCCACGGGCUAAAGCGGGCAGCGGCUUCAAUAAAGGGGUGACGGAAAGGUG